GAGCCAACCACCGCCGAAUGCCGCAUCUCCCGACAUCCGGCUCCCGCGAACUCAUCCCCCCUUUCCACGGUUUCCGUCGAUCGAAACCCUAACCCUAGGGUAUAGAGAGGAUGAGGCCCUCGGCGGCGGCGGGCGGCGGCGGCGGCGGCGGCGGGAGGCGGAAAGCGGCGGCGGCGGCGGCCGCGGCGAGCCGGGAGUGGCUGGUCGUGCCGGCGUCGGGGCAGGCGCGGGUGGAGGAGGCCGGGAAGCACGCGGUGAUGGCGCGGACGGGGCUGCCGGCGCGCGACCUGCGGGUGCUGGACCCGCUGCUGUCGUACCCUUCCACGAUCCUGGGUCGCGAGCGCGCCAUCGUCGUCAACCUGGAGCGCGUCAAGGCCGUGAUCACCGCCGCCGAGGUGCUGCUCCCGAACUCCAAGGACCCCGCCUUCGCGAGCUUUGUCUGCGACCUGCAGGCCCGCGUCCUCGCCUCGUCCUCCGACCAGGCUGCAGAAUUUACUGAUAUGGAAGGCGAAUCAUCUGCAGUUACUUCACCAUUUCCUGCUCUGACUUCAACCACACCAAAUGAAUUGGAGAUGACUAACAAGAAUUCCAAUGUGGUAGGCGGAAUGACUCACAGCAACAGUAUGCCCACAUUGACUGCUGCAAAAGAUGGAAAUACCAAAGUUUUACCCUUCGAAUUCCGAGCACUUGAAGUGUGCCUUGAGUCAGCCUGUAGAAGCCUAGAAGAGGAAACGUCGACUCUGGAGCAAGAGGCGUAUCCGGCACUUGAUGAGCUGACUUCAAAGAUAAGCACACUAAAUCUUGAGCGAGUUAGGCAAAUUAAGAGCCGCCUGGUUGCAAUCUCUGGUCGUGUGCAGAAGGUGAGGGAUGAACUUGAGCAUUUGUUGGAUGAUGAAAUGGACAUGGCUGAAAUGUAUUUGACAGAAAAGCUUACUCGACAAGAAAUAAGUGAGACUUCAUCUAGAGUUGAGGUUGAUGACCCAUCUCAACUGGAGGUGGAUAGGGAUGAAGAUUAUAGAAGUGAGGCAGAUGUAAGCAAUGGUACCUUUAUUGGCUAUAAGCCACACAUUGAAGAACUGGAGAUGCUUUUGGAGGCCUACUUUGUUCAAAUUGAUGGCACACUUAAUAAGCUAUCUCAUCUGAGAGAGUAUGUUGAUGAUACAGAAGAUUAUAUCAACAUCAUGUUGGAUGACAAGCAAAAUCAACUUCUACAGAUGGGGGUCAUGCUCUCCACUGCAACUGUUGUCAUUACUGCUGGAGUGGCCGUUGUUGGUCUUUUUGGGAUGAAUAUCGGUAUAUCGCUUUAUGCUGAUCCUACAAAUGAGGAGGAGAAACGAGCAUCAAACAUGAAAUUUUGGGAAACCACUUUGGGAACCAUUGCUGGCUGCACGGUUAUGUACAUAGUAGCCAUGGGUUGGGGGAAGAGAAGUGGACUGCUGCAAUAAUGAGGGUGCCACGAUGAAUCACACAAGUUGACGAUUGCUAGCCUGGUCAGACAAAGCUCUAUAAACAAGAAGACAACAUAGGGCUCGACUGUAUACCUCCUUGAACAUAUAUAACUGUUGCUCUGAUGGCUUGCAUGUGCAAGGAACAGAGAUGAAAAGGAAGCGAUCUUUUUAGCAACUCUGCGCGGCGAUGCAUGAUGUAACUGAGAGAUGUAUAACAAUGUAACUCGGUUUUUGAUAUUUCGGAUGGUUGCACGAUUGCUUGUCUGCAAGCCGUCGUACUAAUAGUUUGUGCUGUUGUCGUAUGUAUCUGUAAGCUUCUUGGAAGCUGUAAAUGAACUAUUACAUCAUAUUCAUAAGGAAGUACUAAGAGCAUGUCUUAUCUGAAGGGUUAGUAUGAGCUGUAAAUGAACAUGUUAUUCAUAGGGAAAUACUAAGAACUGUGAAUGAAACAUGUCUUAUGGUCA